AUGUCUGCAAACACACCUCCUACUUUUGAGCCUUUCGGCAGGCUUCCGUCUGAGAUCCGCAGCAUGAUAUUCUCGUAUAUGGUCCGAAACACUAUCAAAUCUCACCUGAAGCCGCAUGACAACAAAAUCUGCAUCAUUCAGGAUGAGUCCCAAAGCCAGAGCCUUGAUACUGGUGCAGCGAGAGCACAUCUUAUCACCUCUCCCUGGGUCACCCUAAACAAACAGUACUGUGCUGAGUACCUUGAAGUCUUCGUAAGAGAAGCAGAAUUGAGAACGUGCUUUUCAAGUCAAAGGCGGGCGUCCCCUCCGAGACACUCGAACAGCGCCACAUACCCACUUGAGCUAUGUGAACCUGAGAAGGUUCUCCGACUGAUCAGCCACCGCUUCAAUAUCGCUGGUCCCCAUGCUGGAAUCGAAACAUCAAGCAAGAAGCUAAUGUCACGUAUCAAUGGCGUAUGCUUCAGCUACCAGUGGCCUGGCUUAUACUUCAGGCGCGGAUUCGGGACAAUAGAGCGCCGUCAAUACCCUGACAGAGACUUCCUCAAAGCCCCCCUCAGACUCCAAAGACAAUACCAUGAGGAUAGCAAUAUUCCUUCCAACAGACUGUCCAUCGAAAUCAACUACGGAGAUCCUUCUUCCGCAUUUCUGAAAUGUCUCGAAUACCUGGACCCAGGAAUGUCCGAUCCACACACUAUCUCGUUCAAAGCAGUACAGGCUCGCAUCCAGGUCGACGAUCACGACACUUCAGUCGCCGCCAUUGAAAAAGAGCUCGAAAUCUUGAGGGAGGCUGUCGGAGAUCUUAUUGAGAAGCUGCGUAGUCAAUAUUCGAUGCGCCAUGAAUUGGAACUGAUUCGGAGGCUCGAAGACAUGAUAGACAGAGACAUAAUCUUGCUUCAGUUCCAACACCUCAGAGCCGUCGAUCAGGUUACAAAGUUCUGGAAAGCACCCGAUGGUGAGCGUGAGGCGAUUGAGUUGGCAAUUACUCUUCCACCUCUGCAUCAUCCUGUCUGGGGAUGCGACCUAGCCUCCUUACUAUUUCCUCAUCAACCCAACGACAAUGAUCGUGGUGCUAGUGCCCACAUCUCGGUUGUCGACGAUGACGAAGUCGAACUCGAUAACUUGUCUUUACCGACUUCCAACCAUCACGAAACUGCGUGUGUGAUCAUCGACAAUGGAAAAGACAACCAAGACGAUCCCGAUGGAACAACCUCAAUCCACCCUCCACCUCAAGCUGCACCACCCUUACCGAGCUGCUGUGGUCUCAGGUGCAUCCUGAUGUAG